GUAUCUAAUGAUAUUAAAAAAGUAAUUGCUUUAUCUACUAUGUCACAAUUAGCUAUAAUGAUGUUAGCUAUCGGUUCAAACUCAUACGAUUUAGCUAUCUAUCAUUUAUAUUGUCAUGCAUUCUUUAAAGCUUUAUUAUUUAUGUCUGCUGGUUCUAUCAUACAUAGUUUUAUGUCUGAAACUCAAGAUUUACGUAAAUAUGGAGGUCUGUUAAAUUACUUACCAUUUAGUUAUACUACAAUAUUAAUAGCUUCAUUAUCAUUAAUGGCUAUACCAGGAUUAACCGGAUAUUAUUCUAAAGAUAUAAUCAUUGAAUCAUUAUAUGGAACUUAUUCUGUAAGUGGAUAUAUUAUGUAUUAUAUUGCUACAUCAUCAGCAGUACUUACAUCAAUAUAUUCAUUAAGAUUAUUAUAUUUAACUUUCUAUAAUAAUCCACGUAGCAAUAAAUUAACUUAUAAUAAUAUACAUGAAAGUACAUUCAUGGCGAUACCGAUGAGUAUUUUAACUAUUUAUAGUAUCUUCUUAGGUUAUGGUAGAGAUAAUGUAACAUUUCAUUUAGUAAUGGGAUUACCACAUACUAAUAACUUUAUUGAGACUGAAUAUACUUUACCAUUUAUAAUUAAAUUGUUACCAUUAAUAUUAGGACUAACUUUAUCAAUAAGUUUAGUUUAUAUUUAUGAAUUUACUUAUAAAAUUAAUAAAUCACCGGUGUACAAUUACUUCAACCAACGUAUCUAUUUUGAUCAAAUAUUAAAUAAUAUAAUCAUUAGAAAUAUGUUAAAAUUAGGUGGAUUAAUUAAUGUAUAUAUCGAUAAUGGUUUAUUAAGAGUAUUAGGAAGUACUGGUAUUAGUAGAUUAUUAAUUAAUGUUCCGAUUAUAAUAAUUAUUAAUAUUAUAUAUUUAUUCAUAGUUUGUGUCUAUAAAAGAGUCUAUAAUGAAUCUAUUUAUAAACAUGUGUAUUAG